AUGGCUGCAAGUGUCAACAAACCUACGGAUAUCAAGCAGAAGGAGGCGGAUAUUAACCGAAAACUGCAAAUUUACGGCAUCAUCAGUGCUUUCAAGCAGGGCAAGGUCCCUUCGAACGACCAAAUUGAUGUUGCCUUGAAUAGCUUCUUGGCCUCCAAGGCGCUCAGCAGCCCGUCUGAUGGCCUCUCCGAAGAUGGCAAGACGCUUGUGGCGGACACCAGAGAGGUAGUCCGCCUCGCCAAGAAUCUGCUUUUGUCCAAGAAUGAGGGCAACUUGAUCCAAGAUUUCAUCUGGCAAACCACCCAGUUCGAUCCCAAGGCCGUUCAGAGUCCCAAUGCUCCAGUAAACAAGGACCAGGCCAAGCGAGACGGCGAUGAGGCCCUCGAAGGUCUUCGAACCUUGGGAACCCUGUUGAUCACCAAUGGCCAAUUCCGCAAACUACUCAAGGACAGCACUAUUCUCUUCCGUGAUAUGGCCGGCGAUGCCGCUACCAACGCUGCUGGCCGUCUUCGUCCUUCGGAAGAGCAGCUCGGACAAAUUGACAGGGCUGCUGAAGACAAUACCUGGCAUGACAAGCCCGACUUUUCCAAAGAAAAUCUCAGAAAGCAAGUCAAGGAUGCUUACGGUGGCGACCCCAAGAAGGAUGUGCAAGACGUUGCCGAUGUAACCACCAACGCUGCUGUACCCCAGGGAACAACAGACCCCAAUCAAGUAGACGCUGUUGCUGGACAGAGUGCUCUGCAGAAUACUGCUCAACAGAAGGUAGACGCAAAGGUGGACCCAGAAACCAAGGAGAAGCUGAAGAAGAGCAAGGAGGAAUACCGCCGACGAACCAAGGAGUACUUCAACAAGAAGAUGCCUGAGGAGCGCAAGGACCAGAUCAUUUUUCGGUUGAAGAAGAUGGUGCUUGAAUGCCAACAGCACCCCGAAUACUCCAAGGCCGUCCAGACUCUCCUCCGCCUUGCCGAAUCCUAUGGAAGCCACGGCCGUAGCCUUGGCAAAGAUUCCACUGGGUCUGCGAAGCAGGCUCGCUCUGGACUUGCAGCUGCUGAGACUGAUUUGCGUACUUUGAUUGAGCGUUUUGCCAAUGGCACAUCUACCUCCAACCUCUGGGAGUCCAUUGGCCAGAUUUACAAGGAUGCGGACAAGGACCCCGAGCUAAAGGACUGGUUUAAGAAAAUGGACUCGUUUAUUCGUCGCUGUCUGCUAGAGCAAGGCUAUAUUCUGGAUGAGUCUUCCAACCAGGAAUGGAACCGCCUCUACGAGAAGGGCAGGUUUCUCCUCCGCGAGAAGUACCGCAGCCACACGGACCGAGUUAUUGACGAGACCAAGUUCGUUGCCGACCAGUUCGACCAAGAUCCUCAAAACAAAGCCUUCGGUCAGGCAGUCCAGAAAUUGUUCAAUCAUCUUGGCAAUGAUGGCGCGGGCAAGUCCGUUUUCAAGCCACAUCUUGUGAAGGAUCUCACAGAGACCAUUCUUCCAGCUGUGCUCAUGAACAUCAACUAUAUUCCUAUCCCUCGUAUCGAGUACUCGGACUCUCAAGUCGACGCCAUCAUUGAAAAUUUGGUCCUUGAGAGUGAUAACUUCAUGCCUAAUGUCGCCGAGGUGGCAAGCGAGCAUUUCUUCCGAUGGGGUCGCAAGAAGGUUGCCAACAAGCACCACAACAUGGUCGACGUCAAGGUCUCGGGUAUUCAGAUGGAUCUUCGUGAUGUCAACUUCCACGUCAACAGAAAGAAGGGCUUCCCUUCGUUGUCAGACACGGGUGUCGCUGAUAUCCUCCUGCCUGGAAAUGGGCUGUCAUUCAGAAUGAAGGUGGCCACUGCGGAUAAGUCUGACCGCCAAAACAUAUUCAAGGUGGAGAAGGUGGAUGUGGACUUCAAGGGCCUUAACAUCAAGGUUAAGAAGUCCAGCCAUAAGCUCUUGUUCGCCAUUAUCAAGCCUCUGGCUCUAAAGGUGCUUCGCGCGCCUAUUCAGAAGGCGGUGGAGAAGGCCAUCAAGGACGAGUGUAACAAACUUGACGUGCUCCUGUGGCAGAUCAAGAAGGAUGCCGAUGCAGCUGGCGAGGGUGACAUUGAGGACAAGGCCAACUUCUUCAAGCGCUACUAUGACGCCGCCCAGAAGCGCUACUUGGAGGGCAAGGAGACGACCAAGGAGGUUGUAUCGGACAAGAAGGUCAAUAUUGCCAUGACGAUGGAGGACAGCAUCUUCCCCAAGGUCAAGAUGACUGGCAGCGUGAGCGCCAAGGCAACGGAAUACAAGGAGCUUUCACGAAAGGGCGAAAAAUGGGAGAGCCCAGUCUUCUCCAUUGGCACGGCCAAGAAGAGCACCGAUAUUCCCUCGGCCCCGCAGAUUGAGAGCAAGGUUCGUCCAGCGACUAACGGGAACACCAACGGUCACACCAACGGUCACACCACCAACGGAAAUGUGAAUGUGCACAACUCCGUGGUAAAUGGCAAGGCGCCUUUGUCGUCGACUCCUCUAGCGGCGCCCUUGGAGGUGAAUGCUGGCAACGUCAACCAAACCAUCGGUGGUCGCUAG